CAAGUCAUUACUAGUGAUGACAAAAAGUCAUCCACACAUGUUUAUUAGUUUCUAGUGAUCAUAAUACACAAAAAAUCAAGUGGAGUGAGAGCUAGCUAGCUAGAUGGAUACAGAACUUCCGAAUUCCAGCAGCACGGCGACAGAUAAACAGAACAGAGAACAGAAGCUCGACGCUGGAUCUUUGUUCGUCCUUAAGUCUCGAGGAUCAUGGUUGCACUGCGGCUACCAUCUGACAACAGCGAUAGUAGCUCCAGCGCUCCUGAGCAUACCGUUUGCAAUCGGAUUGCUGGGUUGGGGAGGGAUAGUGUGCCUGAGCAUGGCUGCACUUGUUACUUUCUAUUCCUACAACCUUUUGUCAUUAGUUUUGGAGGACCAUGCUCGUCGUGGGAUGCGGCAGCUUCAUUUCCGUGACAUGGCUCAUGAUAUUCUGGGACCAGGAUGGGGGAAGUACUUUGUAGGACCACUUCAAUUUGGAUUUUGCUAUGGAGCUGUUAUUGCCUGCACACUGCUCGGAGGCCAAAGCCUCAAGUAUAUAUACGUGGUAUCCAGUCCAGAUGGAAGCUUGCAGCUCUAUCAUUUCAUUUUUAUAUUUGGAGGAGUCACAUUGAUCAUGGCUCAGAUGCCAUCUUUCCAUUCCUUAAGGCACAUCAACCUUGUUUCCUUACUUCUCUGCCUUGCUUAUUGUGCUUGUGCUACUGCAGGAUCCAUAUACAUCGGGAAUUCUAGCAAUGCACCUCCAAAGAAUUAUAAUGUUACUGAAGUAGGCGUAAACAGACUUUUUGGUACCUUCAAUGCUAUUUCUAUAAUUGCUACUACCUAUGGAAAUGGAAUUAUCCCCGAGAUUCAGGCAACCAUAGCUGCACCUAUUCAGGGUAAAAUGUUCAAGGGGCUUCUGAUCUGUUAUUUUGUUGUAAUCACGACGUUUUUCAGUGUUGGAAUAUCUGGGUAUUGGGCUUUUGGCAAUCAAGCAGAGGCCUCAGUUCUUUCAAACUUUUUGGUUGAUAGAAAAUCUUUGGUCCCCAAGUGGUUCCUCUUGAUCACCAAUAUUUUCACACUUGUCCAAGUAUCUGCUGUCACUUUGACAUACAUGCAACCAACAAAUGUUGUUAUAGAUCGUCGAUUUGCUGAUCCGAAGAAGGAUGAAUUCUCUGCAAGAAAUAUAGUCCCACGACUGAUAUUCAGGUCAAUUGCUGUUAUUAUAGCAACAACAAUUGCAGCAAUGUUACCUUUUUUUGGAGAUAUAAUGGCUCUGUUCGGUGCCUUUGGUUGCAUUCCUCUGGACUUCAUUCUGCCAAUGCUUUUCUACAAUGUCACAUUCAAGCCUUCCAAGAGGAGCUUAAUUUUUUGGGUAAAUUCGAUAAUAGCGGUUGUAUCCACAAUUCUGUCCGGCAUAGGGGCUGUAGCGUCUGUGAGACAAAUAAUUCUCGAUGCCAACAACUAUCGUUUGUUUGCGGAUAUGUAAUAUGUGAUUAGUUAAAUAACGCAAGUAAUUUUUGAUUGGGAGCA